UAUUCCGGGGAUCGUCGAUCCGUUUCAGAUCGCGUCUCCCGACAGACUCCAGCCUACGUGGUCAAUCUCACGCGAUAUCCAGGUUCGCAGGUUUUAACAACAAUAUUAUUCUAUAGGGAAGACCGCGAGAUAAUAACCUAGCCCUACCUGCUGAAGACCCAAAUUACGUUUGCCGUUAAUAGAAUAAUUAAUAUCGGUUCAGAGCCGCCCUGAACUCAUGUUGAGCAGCUGAGUUCACUCACUUUCAUACCUAUUAAAUUUCAGCACUCAAACAGCCUCACCUCGAAGGCACGCCAUCAUGGCUAUAUUCUCGGCAACACUACGAAGCCAUACCUUUUCACCGAUGCUCUCAUUAGCAGGGAUAUCGCGCUCCCUACUAUUCUAUUUCUUCAUCUUAGCUGCUAUUCACGGGACGUCAUCUUCGCAGCAAAGAAUUACAUCCCCACACGAUACCUGCAUGACGCAAGACGCCCCAAAUCAACAUGCUCAACAAUACCCGGAAUUCGUGAGCGGGAACCUCAACGGGACCACAUUAAUAGUACCUAUCUCUUUGAAAACCGCCCGCCGGCUCAUCCCCAAAGAAUACGGCAUCGCCGAGGCAGCGUACCGAGAACUGCUACCUUCGUUUCCUAAGGGCAUGUACCCCAUGAUGGCGCAGAUCGUGCACGACCACGACAUACAACUCCCUAUAUACAACGCCUCGAUAGCCGACUUCUCACGCGCAUCCCUCGAAUUCCCCUUCGUCGACAUAUUCGGCGACGGCCGCUCGUCCUUCCGAUGGGCCAGCACCUUCCUCAUCUCCUCCAGCAACGCGCUCGCCAUCCAAGGCGCGGAGGGGUACGGCGUGACCGUGCACCCGUCGACCUUCGACCCGCCCUGCGACGCGUACGCCGCGCUGCCCAACGGCGCGACCUACGCGCACAGCCAGGCCGCGCCCAACCCCAACCCCGGCUCCAACUCCGCCGCCAAGUUCAUGUCCAUCGUGGCCAAGCCCUCGCCUAACCGCGUGCCGUACCCGCUCGACUUCGUCCGCGCCGUCACGAACCAGCCUGUGUUCGCCAACGCGCAGGCGUGCGAUUACUUCGUCAGGAUGUUCGAUACCCCGCUUUCGAGCGCCGCGACGCCUGUCGUUGCUGAUGUGAGCGUCGACCUCGACCCGUUUCGCGGCCCCAGGAGCUGGCACGGCGUGUACGGGUGGAGGGUGGCGACGCCGUUUUUGGAGCCUUUUAUGCCGGAGGCGUGUGUGAGGGCGGGGUGAGCUGGGGAAGUUGGGGUGUAGGUAUCACACGGUUGUUGUGUGCUGAGAUACUUUAUCCGGUUGGUUCUUCUAAGCUUCUAGAAGCUUUCUGGAUCUACAUACCUGGGGCGAGUUCGAGUUGGUGAAUCUUGCUCUCACGGGGAGAAAAGCACGGCCACUCUUAAGCUCCGGUUGUUCGGGUCAUCUGGGGAAUGAGAUAACUCUACCAUGGACCAGUUCACCUUACUAUGAAGGGACUUCUUGACCGGUCGGGCCGUUAUCACGCGGGGUAGAGGAGGGUGUACAUCGCGCCCAAGACGUUAUCUCAGCUCAGGCCGAAGCUAAGUCGCGAAAACGCAGUUAGUCGAUUAAGGUAUCGACGUGUUAAGCCUCGCGAUGAAAUAGCCAAGCAUUCAGAGCAAUGCGUUGGUCAUCUUCUCGCAGAGGUACGAUACAGACCCGCCACGCCUAUGAUGUUAUAAAAUGUCAUGGAUCCAGGGGUCGAGUAUAUUUACAAUAUAGUUAAAUUUAAUACUCUA